UAAUCGAAUCUGGAAAUUAUCCCCGCGAUUUUCAGAACUAGAAAUGGACGUGAAAAAAAAAAUCUUGUUGCGAAAAUUUAGACUACUUUUAAAUGCGUUCCAAGAGGACAAGGAAUCGUUUUGGAUUUGGACAAAGCACUUGAGAAGGAAGCAGAAAAUGCCGACUGGAAUAACAUAAAAAUUGACUCUCCCUAUUUGAAAGAAUCUCAGUCGUGUUUUGGCGUUACUACAUGGAAUUCUUUCAAUACAUCUGAAAUUCUUCAAGAUAUUAUGAAAAGACUUGAAACAUAUUUUUAUGACACGUUGGAGGAACAUAAAAUUAUGUAUUAUGAUGCAAAAAAACGUCCAGGAUUAGACUUUAUCUUCGACGAUUGCUUUCUUAUCCCCGAAUAUCAGUUAAGAGAUAUAAUUACUAGACCGGGUCGUUCACCGCACCCCGCUUUUCGUUUUGUUGCUUCCGCUGAAAUCCAAGGUUUCCCGAGGGGUGGAUAUGAAAUUGUUACUAAUGCACGUGGAAUUUAUUUAAUUGUCGUGAUCAUCUCUUCUGAAAGCCCAUCAAUUAUUCAAUUCCAAGUAGGAUUAGAAUGUGCACAACGACUUAAAGAAAAAUUCCUUGUUGAAAACAGUAGUAACAAUAAUGUUGUGUGCGUUCUUGGGGCAAUUAUUUCAAAUGAGAGCAUUAUUACUUUUGUUAGUGAAAAAGAUGAAAUAAUUGCUCGUGCCGCAAAUGAAUCAUAUCUUGGCAACAAACAAGCAAUCGAUGAAAUUUAUUCUGUGGUAUCUCGGCCGGUGUAUGAUCAUCAAGAUCGAUUGCAUUUAGAAGACUACCGAGAUUACGGAGGUUACGAUUGUUAUGAUUCCGUUGAAACACCUAUGAUGAAAGCUAUUCGCUGUAACGAACGCUCGCACGACUUUAGCAUGUGCAGCAUAGAACACAUCGAUAUCCGCAAAAGCAAAUUGUUCUUUAAUGCCAUUUGUGAAGACCAAACCUCUUUCCCUAUGAUCCACGACAAUUCUUCCGAUUUCGGCCACCUUUCAUCUAAUUUCAUAAAGAUUUCGGAUGGGUUUGCAUGGAACACUGCAGACGUUCCCGAAAUUCUCGAAAAUGUCAUUAAAUUGCUAUUGGUCCGAUACCGUUAUAAGGCUGAUUACGCUAAACAUGAUCACGAAUUGCGUAGAUGUUUGCCGCUGCUUGUUGAUUUGACGGAUGAGAAUCAGGAUGUUGAGUUGCAAUCAAAAUUUUUGUCCGACAUAAAAAAAUGGUUUCCUGGUUUCGAAUUAUUGAAUCAAAUCAAUUGGAAGCACGAAAAGGAAGAAGCGGCUAAUCAAAGCAAGAACUUAGUGAUGACGAACGGAUACGGAGUCUUCGCAUUAAUUGUCAUCAAGUUCAUAAAGAAAAAUUUUAAACGAUCUUCCAAAAAGGCUAACCUUCUGGUAAAAGCUCGUCAAAUCAAACAACAAUACGUGGACACUUAUAAAGAUCUCGCUUCAUUUAUUGUAAUUAUUGGAGCCAUUUUUACUAACGAAGAGGGUGGAACCCUUGAAUUCAUAAAUAAUACGGAUAGACAGAUCGCAUCAGCAGUGAAUCGUUGGCGGCCUGUUGAACGAGCGCCAUAUAUUGGUAAUACUGUAUAUCUCAUUUUUGAAUGCGCUCAUAAUCUUGAUAAUUUGAAAAAUCUAAUGAAUUCUCUUAAAUCAGACGAACACUCGAGACGGUACUUCCACCCACUUUUUGGAAUGAAGGACUCUUCAGUUGAAUAUAUUCCACUUUACGGGAAGGCUCGAGGGUAUUAUUUUGUUAAAGGACCAAACUCUCAAGACAUUAAAUUUGAAUACCCACAAAAUUCUAAUUGGCUAAUAUAUGCAUCACGCGCAUGGGAUGAACCCUCAUAUGAAACACUUAUGGCACACGUACCUCCGGCGUUUCUCCCACAAAAAAAUUCCCCUCCUCCUGAAGCGAAUAUUUGGAAUGAAAUCAAUUUUAAGGCCACUUUCAUAUUUAUAUUAGGGCUAAUUCUUUGGCAAUUAACUUAAUCAAUCACAUGAAAAUUAUCAGAUAAUAAUCUGAUCUAUUGUAUAUAGUAUUUCGUACCAAUUAAUUAUUUUAAGAUUGUUAAGACUUCAUCUAGUAACGUUUUGCGGUAGCUUCUUCGAUUUCUUCCUUCAAAUGUUAUGAUUUUUCAUGAUCGAAAAGAUAAAUUCUGCCACUCAGUUAGUGAUUACUGGAUCAAAUUACACGUAAUUCUUGUAUGCCAUUAAAUCCCAUUAAAUAUCAACCGCACACUAUUCACUCAAAUAUGACAAUUUAUAAUGUCAAUCGAUACUCAUGGGAUUUGGUAGAUCUUUCUGUAAUACACAAACUAACAAAAAAAAAAAAA